AUGCUCCAUCGGAAAAGGGAUCCCCAACUGCGCAUACUCCAAACGACCACUGAAGCCUCACAGAGACAGCAGGCUGACAGUGACACGCAAAGAAACGUCCAGAGGAACAAGAACUACCUGGCGACGAUCAAGCUCCGAUAUGUUCAUCUCGUCGGAGGUCUCAGACUGUCUCAAUCGUCCUCGAUCGAUUCGAACGCAGAAGCAGGAAAUGACUUCGAGUUCCCCAGUCCAACGAUGGGCGCGAUCAUGAAGGACACCGGCAGGAGUUCGAGGUUCUCCAAGGUUCAUUCCCCGGACAGAACUUCUACUGCGAGCCUGAAGUCUUGCCAGUACAAACCGCCCAUCCACCCUCGACAAAUUGUUGAAGUGGCAUGCAUGAUACGGCUCAGCCUCGAAGUCGAACCGAGUCGAAUGUGCAAGUCGCAAAUGGUUGGAACUUCCAAUGGAAGGGCUAUCUCACCGCCCACGGGCAACCAAAUUGUUGGAUGUUACGACGAACAUAAAGCUCCAGUUCCUCCCUGGCCAGUCAGCUACGUGGGCUACGUCUCAUCAUAA